AUGGAGUUCAAAGAGGCUGUGCGUGAAUAUUGUAUACAGGAGGGUCGGAGGAUUUGGUUUAAAAAGAAUGAUAAUGUAAGGAUGAUAGCAGUGUGUAAGGAUGAGAACUAUGGAUGGCUUGUGUAUGCUGCUAACAACACUGAGAACAAUUACUGGCAGAUCAAGACGUUCAAUGAUUAUCACAGUUGUGCAAGGGAAACCAAAAAUAGAUUGGCUAAUAGGAAGUGGCUGGUCGGAAAAUUGGUGAAGAAGCUACGAAAAUAUCCUAACUUAAGACACUGUGAGGCUGCUCAGUAUUUUAAGACAAAAUGUGACUUGGAACUAAGCAAGUGUUCACUGACUAGGGCCUUAGGAGAUGCUAGGGCUGUCGUGUAUGGUGAUGCUGCUGCCCAAUAUGGGAUGGUAAGGGAUUAUGGGCUGACACUACUUAGGAGUAACCCAGGCUCUACUGUCACAGUUGGAGUUAUCCCUCAGCCCAACCCUGAUGAUGAACCAAUAUUUGAAAAGAUGUACAUCUGCUUGGAUGCCUGUAAGAAGGGAUUUCUGGCUGGCUGCAGACUACUCAUAGGCUUGGAUGGAGCUUUUCUGAAGACCCAGCAUGGUGGCCAGAUCUUGUCUGCAAUUGGACAAGAUGCAAACAAUCACAUAUAUGUGAUUGCAUAUGCAAUUGUCCCUAUUGAAAAUACUAAAAACUGGAGGUGGUUCUUGGAAUUACUUCAUCAAGACUUGGGAGAUUAUAAGCAAAACAAGCUCUGUUUCAUUUCAGAUAUGUGGUGGACGAAAUUGUGA